GGAGGGAGGGGAAGGAGCUUGGUCAUGUGGCGAAACAAGAUGGCUCCCGGAGCCUGAAGGGCUGCAGCCUGAGGUGGCCAAAGCGGGCGGCGCGCGCUUCCUUCUGCAAAAGGAGCAAAGAGUCAUUUUCCUCGGCGGGGCUUCCUUAAGUUGGCCGCCCCACGCCCAACUCUCACCGGCCAUCCCUCUCCAGGGUUGAGAGAGAAAUGCAUUCCUCUCUGGGGCAAGUGGCUCCUUGGGCAACAAGGCAAUAACUUUUUAUUGCAGCCUCGCCGCUCUUUGUGUGUGUCCCCCCACACCGCCUGCCUUUUGCGCGCGCCGCCGCGGACCGGAGAGCUUGCAGAGCCCAAUGUCCAGCCCAGCCCUCCUGAGCAGCCCCGACGUGAUCUUGCGACUUGCGGCACCUUCGCAAUGGCUCUUACCUUGUUUGAUACUGAUGAAUACAGGCCACCAGUUUGGAAAUCUUAUCUGUAUCAGUUGCAACAAGAAGCUCCCCACCCUAGAAGGAUUACCUGCACAUCUGAGGUAGAGAACAGACCGAAGUACUAUGGACGAGAGUUCCAUGGGAGGAUAUCGAGAGAAGAAGCAGAUCAAUUAUUGAGCGUAGCAGAGGGAAGUUAUCUUAUUCGCGAAAGCCAACGGCAACCUGGAACGUACACUUUGGCUUUGAGAUUUGGAAAUCAAACCAGAAACUUCAGACUUUACUAUGAUGGAAAACACUUCGUUGGAGAGAAGCGUUUUGAGUCUAUCCACGACCUGGUGACAGAUGGAUUGAUCACCCUUUAUAUUGAAACCAAGGCAGCAGAAUACAUUGCCAAGAUGACCAUAAAUCCAAUUUAUGAACACAUAGGAUAUACAACUUUAAGCAGAGAGCCAACAAACAAGAAGCAUACAGUGGCUGUGAGAGAUACACUUGAUGGCAAAGAGUCUUCAGGAGACAAUGACAUAGUAGAAAAAAAGCUGACAUCACUUGUCAGAAGAGCAACUCUGAAAGAAAACGAACACAUUCCAAAAUAUGAAAAGGUUCACAGUUUCAAGGUUCACACUUUCAGGGGUCCACAUUGGUGUGAAUAUUGUGCCAACUUUAUGUGGGGCCUCAUUGCUCAGGGAGUGAAAUGCGCAGAUUGUGGCUUAAACGUUCAUAAGCAAUGCUCCAAGAUGGUCCCAAACGACUGCAAGCCAGACCUGAAACAUGUCAAAAAAGUGUACAGCUGUGAUCUCACUACACUAGUAAAAGCGCACUUCACAAAGAGACCAAUGGUUGUAGACAUGUGCAUUAGAGAGAUUGAAUCGAGAGGUCUCAAUUCUGAAGGACUCUACAGAGUAUCUGGAUUCAGUGACCUAAUUGAAGAUGUCAAAAUGGCUUUUGACCGAGAUGGGGAAAAAGCAGACAUCUCUGUGAAUACUUAUGAAGAUAUCAAUAUUAUCACAGGUGCACUUAAACUGUACUUCAGGGAUUUGCCAAUUCCGCUAAUCACAUAUGAUGCCUACCCAAAGUUUAUAGAUUCUGCAAAAACCACAGAUCCUGACGAACAGCUGGAAAUACUUCACGAAGCCCUGAAACUGCUGCCUCCUGCUCACUGUGAAACCUUGCGGUAUCUCAUGGCGCAUUUAAAAAGGGUGACGCUCCACGAAAAGGAGAAUCUGAUGAAUGCAGAGAACCUGGGCAUUGUUUUUGGACCAACACUGAUGCGAGCGCCAGAACUUGAUGCAAUGGCUGCCCUGAACGAUAUCCGUUACCAGAGACUUGUGGUGGAGAUGCUUAUAAAAAACGAAGAUAUUUUAUUUUGAACUUGUUUGUGGGUGUGCAUGUAUGUUUUUAAAUGAACUGCAAAAUAGAAAAAGAAGAAUCCGGGGAUGAUGAAGGAAUAUUUUGAAAUGGAGCCUGCAGCGGAAUUCUGAUUGUGAGGUUUUUGAUGUAUGAAAGGUGCUUGUUUAUCGUUGCUUGUGUGGUAUCAUUCAGACAAUGUUGGGAACAUAUAUUGUACUUUCCAGUACUAAAUAGGUCUGGGGGGUUUCAUCAUAGUACAGGAAAUUCAAACUGAAAUAGGUCUCCUCCUUGUUUUACCCUCUCUUGUGAGGCUUCUGCUGCAAAGGACACAACAGGAACAGCACAGCUUCUGUGUUCUGGAAUAGUCUGUGAUUGUACUUUAGCAUGUUUCUCAGUGUAAAUCUGUUGUGGGUUUCUUACUACGUUCCGUAAUUGGUUUCUGAUAUUUCAGUUGCGGGGGGGAGCAGAUUUCAGUGAACCAAGACCUCUAGCUCUUCAUUGACAUCACCCCUCAUUCUUAGCCUACUUUGAAAUAUACCAUAUUUACUCAAAUCUAUUGCGUGCCUUUUUUGGCCAAAUUAUGUUGAGAAAUUUAAGGGGCUCAUUAGAUUCGAUAGCACAUUUACAUUCGCCAGCAAAUCCUUCCCCCACCCCCAAGGUGCUGAAAAAUUGAGGCGUGCAUUAGAUUUGAUGGUGCAUUCGACUCGAGUAAAUACGGUAAUUUCUAGCUGGGUUCUAUAGCAUUUGUUUUAAUGAUGGCGUGCAUUUUUCUUUUACGUUGUGGUUGCCACUUUUAAGUCAUGCCUUUUUUUGUAAAGAUCCAGUUAAAGGUGGCAAACUGAACGAAUGAAGACUGGUUUGUUGUUGUUUUAAAUGGUAAUUUUGUAUUUUUAUUGGGCAUGCGUAUUAAUUUAUUAAAGUUUUGCAUUGGAACCUUA